AUGGCGUCCAAGGUGGUUGUUAUUGGCAGCGUGAAUGGUCAGCUAAGUGCUGUUUUCACCAAACUUGCCAAGUUGCAGCCAAAGCAAAAUUUCUCUUUUGCGAUCAUCGUCGGAGACCUCUUCGGUGACUGCUCGACUGAGGCCGAGCUGAAUGAGAUCACUGGCCUACUCCAGGGCAACACGGUUGUGCCAUUGCCCACCUACUUUACUGUAGGCAACCAACCACUCCCUACUCGGGUGAUUGAAAAAAUCCAAGCCGAUGAUGAAGUGUGUCCCAAUUUGUUCUUCCUUGGAAAGCGCGGAACACUCAAGACAACAGAGGGUGUUCGAAUUGUCGCUCUCGGUGGAACCUUUGAGCAGAAAGAAGGACGUGCCCCCGAGAGCAAUGCUGUUGGCAAAUUCCAGUCGACAUACAACGAAGCUGAUGCUCGUGCACUCUUCGGCCUUCACCGUACCGACAUUCUUAUUACCAACCAGUGGCCAAAGGACGUCAAACUUGGAUCUAGCCAGAAGGUUGCUGGGGACGAGAGUGGUGUGCCAUCUGAGUUGGAGUGCAUUGCCGACGUCUGCAACACCUUGAAGCCCCGGUACCACUUUUCUCGUUCGGACACCGCUUUCUUUGAGCGGGAACCUUUCUUUUACAUGCCCGCCGAAGAGGGAGAUGGAUAUCAGACGACCCGUUUUCUAUCAUUGCCUUCAUACGGCUCAAGGAAAGAUGCCCUAUACGCCUUUAACCUAGACCCAUUAGUGGCACCUCCAAUCAGUAUUCCCGUUGGCUGCACCAUCUGUCCUUGGUCAGCUGUACAAAGCAAGCGCAACAAUUUACCCAGUCAGCACGAAUCAUUCCAGCGCUUUUCCCAGCCCGACGGAGAAAGAGACCCAGAGCAUAGGCGCAGGCACAAGAGGAACCGUCCCCCUCCACCAGGUCCAGAGCAAUGCUUCUUCUGCCUCUCAAACCCCAACAUCGCCACCCAACUCAUUACCUCCAUUGGCAACGACAGUUACAUCACAACAGCCAAGGGGCCUCUCCCCAAAUCCGACUUCUUCCCGUCCCUAGGCUUCCCAGGGCACAUGCUCAUCAUCCCAUUCGAACACAGCCCAACAAUUGACCUAAUCUUCGACCCCCAAACCCGAGCCUCAACCUACGCUGAAAUGCAAAAAUACCGCGAAUCUCUCCACCAAAUGCUAAACGAAAAGUCAGGCGGCAAACUUGGCGCCGUAACCUGGGAAGUCAGCCGCUCAGGUGGUAUUCACACACACUGGCAAUUCCUCCCAAUGCCAGUAGAAAAGAUCCGCGGUCGUCUCGUGGAAGCAGCCUUCCAAGCCGAAGCAGCAAACCUCAAAUACGAGAAAUUCAAAACAAUCCCUGGUCCCGACGAAAUCGACAACCACGACAUGAACGAUUUCUUCCGCGCCUUCAUCUGGACACCCUCGCGUAGCGAAGACCAAAACGAGGAGGGUGAUAUGUGGUCUAAGCCUGGCCACAAGGGUGUGUACAAGACGUCAUCGGGCGAAGAGAAGAUAACCAUGUUGCCCAUCCAGCCACAGAACAGAUUCGAUCUUCAGUUCGGUCGUCGUGUUAUGGGCAAGCUGCUUUUGUUAGAUGAGCGUCUUGAUUGGAGAAAUUGUACCCAGACGGAGGAUGAAGAGACGAAGGAUGCAGAGGCAUUCAAGGAGGCGUUUAAGAAGCAUGAUUUUACUAUGGAGAUGGAGGAGUAG